AUGUCGAGCACGUCGGCCAAAGGUCUUUCGGCCAAGUGCGCCCAUCCCAAGUACAGCGAGAUGGUCGCCGCCGCCCUCAGGGCCCUCAAGGAGCGCAACGGGUCCUCCCGCCAAGCCAUCCUCAAGUUCAUCGUCGCUUCCUUCCAGGUUGGGGACGAGAGGACCGCCGGCGUGCACCUGAAGCAGGCGCUGAGGAGGGGCGUCGCCAGCGGGUCCCUGCAGCAGACCAAGGGCACCGGCGCCUCCGGCUCCUUCAAACUUUCGAAGGAGGAAGUUAAGAAGAACAUCGUUAAAAAGACAAAACAAGGCGCAAGCAAAGGAACCAGCAAGAAAACUGCCGCAACGAAGAGACCCACGGAAAAGAAAGUUGCCAGCAAGAAAUUGACGAAUAAGAAAAAUGAGAAGACAGCCGCGAAGAAAAAAUCGGCCAAAAACGCUACCACAAAAUCCACAACAAAGGUCUCUUCGAAGUCCUCAACAAAGAAGCCACUAGCUAAGAAAGUAUCCUCAAAGCCCACCACUAAGAAGGCAACCGCUAACAAACCACCGACGAAGAAAAACGGAGUGAAGAAGGGCAAAGAAACAAAGAAGUCUAUUGCUAAGAAAGUAUCUACAAAGAAUGUCAAAGCAACCGUAAAGAAAUCCGCAGGAACAAAGUUUACCACAAAGGCAACAAAAAAGUCUAUACCAAAGAAACCCCAAACAAAAACAACAAAGAAAGUUUAGAGGGAGAGACGUCACUCGACAGAUUAUUGCAAAAGACUGAAAACGUUUAGAAUACUACGGAGACUCGUUUGCCUUGUGCCGGGUUAUAUGAAUUUCUGUAUUUAGAUAUGUUACAAAUAAAUAUAUGCGAUUA